AUGUCUGAUUCACGACUAUAUUCGUUCUCUCCCGAGACCAAGGAGAAGCUGCGCAAGUUCCGUCUGGGCACAUCGAGAGCCAAGGAUGCGCAAGCUAUCAUCUAUAUCAUUGAUGCAAAGUCUCAGGAGAUCCGGCCACAAGACGAUACAAUCUAUUCCAACAUGGAAGAUCUGGCCGAUGAUCUUCCUGAGUCCUCGCCACGAUUCAUCCUCCUCAGUCACCCCAUGACCACCAAAGACGGACGUCCCUCAGUCCCCUAUGUUCUCCUCUACUGGCUCCCGGAAAACUGCAACCCGAUGCAACGCAUGUCGUACGCAAAUGCAGUGGAACUGAUGCGCACCAGUGCCCAAGUCAACCGGGUGAUUGAGGUGGAGGCCGAUGAAGAUAUCGUCAACAUCAAGUCCAAGCUGACCGGGUCGGAUUAAACCGCCUAGGCUAGUGAAUACAUCUCU